AUGUCUACAGAUGUUGCUAAUGAUACAAAAAUUUUGCCGCCAGACUAUGAGUUGAAACAACCCGAGCCCGAACAUUGCCCUGGUCCUGAAUCGGAUAAUGCUGGCAAAGGCGAUGCAUGCGUGGGAUGUGCCAACAAGGAAGUAUGUGAAAGUCUGCCAAAGGGCCCAGAUCCAGAUAUACCUUUGAUCACAGAAAAUCUGUCUCAGAUUCAUCACAAGGUCCUCGUUCUGUCUGGUAAGGGUGGCGUAGGAAAAUCAACUUUCACCUCCAUGCUCUGCUGGGCUCUGUCUUCUGAUGAAGACUUACAAGUUGGUGCAAUGGAUUUGGAUAUUUGUGGUCCCUCAUUACCAAGAAUGCUUGGCUGCGUCAACGAGAAUAUUCAUGAGUCGAAUACCGGCUGGACUCCCGUUUACGUAACAGACAAUUUGGCGACUAUGUCAAUUCAAUACAUGCUACCGGAGGAUGACUCAGCAAUAAUAUGGAGAGGUUCCAAAAAGAAUGCAUUAAUCAAGAAGUUUCUUAAGGAUGUAGACUGGGACUGUCUAGAUUAUCUCAUAGUAGACACUCCACCGGGCACAUCCGAUGAACAUAUAUCCAUCAAUAAAUUCAUGAAAGAUUCCGGCAUUGAUGGUGCUUUGAUCGUUACAACGCCCCAGGAAGUUGCUCUUUUGGACGUAAGAAAAGAAAUUGACUUUUGUAGAAAAGCAGGCAUUGACAUUAUUGGUUUGGUUGAAAACAUGAGUGGAUUUGUAUGUCCGAAUUGCAAAGGACAAUCUGAGAUUUUCAAAGCAACAACUGGUGGAGGAGAAGCGCUUUGCAAGGAAUUAGGAAUAACGUUUUUGGGCUCGGUGCCCCUCGAUCCACGGAUAGGAAAGGCAUGUGAUGACGGCCAAAGCUUUCUUGAUCUAUAUCCAGAGAGCCCUACUUCAGAGGCGAUCCUUAAUGUGGUCGAAAAGCUUAGGGAUGCGGUUGGUGAUACUUAG